GGAAGCGCAUUUCCCGGAAGACUGGGGGGCGGAGCGGCGAUGGCGGCCGGGCGGCGGGCGCGCUCUCCGUAGCCCGAGCAGCGGCGCCGCAGGAGGAUGGCAUCGCUCGGGCCGGCGGAUUCGGGCGAGCAGAGCCCAGGGUCCGAGGCGGAGGCGGGCGCCGCGGGCCCGCCACCGCCGCCGUCCCCUCUGGGGCCCCUGCUCCCCCUGCAGCGGGAGCCGCUGUACAACUGGCAAGCAACCAAGGCAUCGCUGAAGGAGCGCUUCGCCUUCCUGUUCAACUCGGAGCUGCUGAGCGAUGUGCGCUUCGUGUUGGGCAAGGGCCGCGCCGCCUCCGCCGCUGCCGGGGGCCCGCAGCGGAUCCCCGCGCACCGCUUCGUGCUGGCGGCCGGCAGCGCCGUCUUCGACGCCAUGUUCAACGGCGGCAUGGCCACCACGUCCGCCGAGAUCGAGCUGCCCGACGUGGAGCCCGCCGCCUUUCUGGCGCUGCUGAGAUUUCUGUAUUCAGAUGAAGUUCAAAUCGGCCCAGAGACAGUUAUGACCACUCUUUAUACUGCUAAGAAAUACGCAGUCCCAGCCUUGGAAGCACACUGUGUGGAGUUUCUGACCAAACAUCUUCGGGCAGAUAAUGCCUUUAUGUUACUUACCCAGGCUCGGCUCUUUGAUGAGCCUCAGCUCGCCAGCCUCUGCCUGGACACCAUAGACAAAAGCACAACGGACGCGAUCAGCGCCGAGGGGUUCACCGACAUCGACAUCGACACACUCUGCGCAGUUCUAGAAAGAGACACACUUAGUAUUAGAGAGAGCCGACUUUUUGGAGCUAUUGUACGAUGGGCAGAAGCAGAAUGUCAAAGACAACAAUUGCCUGUGACUUUUGGAAACAAACAGAAAGUUCUAGGAAAAGCACUGUCCUUGAUCCGGUUCCCACUGAUGACCAUCGAGGAGUUUGCAGCGGGUCCUGCUCAGUCUGGAAUUUUGUCAGACCGUGAAGUGGUAAAUCUCUUCCUUCAUUUUACCGUCAACCCUAAACCCCGAGUCGACUACAUCGAUCGGCCGAGGUGCUGCCUCCGGGGGAAGGAAUGCUGCAUCAACCGGUUCCAGCAAGUCGAGAGCCGUUGGGGUUACAGCGGCACGAGUGACCGAAUCAGGUUCACAGUUAACAGAAGAAUCUCUAUAGUCGGAUUUGGUUUAUACGGAUCUAUUCACGGUCCCAUGGAUUAUCAAGUGAAUAUACAGAUAAUUGAAUAUGAAAAAAAACAAACCCUGGGACAGAAUGAUACUGGAUUUAGUUGUGAUGGGAGCGCCGGCACAUUCAGGGUCAUGUUCAAAGAACCCAUAGAGAUCCUGCCCAACGUGUGCUACACAGCGUGCGCGACCCUCAAAGGUCCAGAUUCCCACUAUGGCACAAAAGGAUUGAAGAAAGUAGUGCAUGAGACACCUGCUAGCAAGACUGUUUUUUUCUUUUUUAGUUCCCCUGGCAAUAAUAAUGGCACUUCAAUAGAAGAUGGACAGAUACCAGAAAUAAUAUUUUAUACAUAAUGUAGCAUUAUAAUGCAUCUUGGCUAAAUGGUGUCAUACAGUCUAGUUGGAAAGGCAUAAAAAAACGGCCACAGAAAAAAGUUCAAAUGUUAUAUUUAUAAUUUUAAGAUAAGAAACAUUUUAGUUUCUUAGAUGAGAUAGAUAAAUGCUUAUUUAAAUCUCUGCAUAAUUUAAAGGCAGAUUUUCCAUUUUCUUAUAACCUUAGGGGAAAAGAAAACUGGGUUUAAUUGUUUGAAAAAACACAGCUAUUUCAGCUUUAUCUUGUAUCAUUUUGUAGAUCACCCGACUUGUGAUCUUUCAGCAGUUUUAUAAUGGAAAGAUUUUUGUGUUAUUUGGCUGGUUUGGUUUGUUUGAACUAUUUUAA